UAAAAUCCGAUAUAAUACGUAGAAUUUGUGAUUUGUCGAUAGGUAUUUACAAUAGGCAUCACAAGCCGUAGAUGCGUCGUUAAAGUUGAACUGGCACGCUUCUCGAUGGUGUUGAGCUUACACGUGUUUCUGACUACAGAAUAUUUCUUGAAUUCCGAGAAUCUUGGAAAACAAUCUUAAUCCGAGACUGAGUGAGAUACAAGAAACCAAUACUACUAAUUAUUUUUUGCUGUCGGCAUUAAAUCGUAGAAAUGUCCAAACAAGAGAGAGGUUAUGAUAUUGAUGAACCCUCUACCUCUACCUCGUAUCGUAAAAAACCAUACGAUAGAGGCUCAGAGUCGGAACGAGCACCAUCAAGAGGAAUUGUUAAAAAAAUUAAGCAAGAAGAUGAUCCUCAACCGAGCACAUCCCAAUAUGUACCAAUGGAAAUUAAAGAAGAAGAAAGUGAAAUUAAAAGUGAGAUUAAAAGUGAAAGUGGCUCGACAAAAGAGACACGUAGUCGACGUAAGCUGGAGCCUAUUUUUGUUAGUAAACCAAGUACCUUAGUAACUAAAAAAGGUACAUCUGGAGAACAUACAAUGCUGCAAUCUAAUCAUUUCAAAUUACCUACUGUACCAAAUUGGCGUUUAUAUCAGUAUCGGGUUGAUUUCGAACCUGAAGAAAUGCGUACAUUUAUUCGAAAAGGCAUGCUUAAGUUGCAUAAAGAUAAAGUUGGACCAUAUAUUUUUGACGGCACUGUCCUAUAUACAAGUACCCGUUUACCAGAUAAAAUGGAAUUUACAUCAGUGAGACAAUCCGAUAAUGUACCUGUCAAUAUUGUAAUAUGUUUCGUGGGACCAUUGUCGCCAGAGGAUCCACAUUUUGUUGUAAUUUUUAAUAUAAUUAUGAGGAAGUGUUUGGAAUAUUUGCGCUUACAACUGGUGGGCCGUGAUUACUACGACGCUAAUAAUAAAGUGAUCAUAAAUCAAUUUAGAUUGGAAUUGUGGCCAGGCUAUAUUACAUCUAUCAGACAAUAUGAAAAUGAUGUUCUACUGUGUGCAGAAAUAUCACAUAAAGUUAUGCGUCAAGAAACGCUGUUACAUAUAUUAAUAGAUUGCCGCAGACGCAGUGAUAACUAUAAGGCUGAAUUCUCUAGUUAUGUUCUUGGAAUUAUGGUUCUUACGGACUACAAUAAUUAUACGUACAAAAUCGAAGAUGUAGACUUUGAAACAUGUCCUGCUUCCACUUUUCCCAUGAAAAAUGGUGAACAUAUAUCUUAUCAAGAAUACUAUAGAAAAAAAUAUAAAAUAGAAAUUACUAAUCCUACGCAACCAAUGUUGGUUACGAAGACCAAACGUAAAGGAAAUGCAGGACAAGAACUAGUGUACCUAGUCCCAGAAUUAUGUCGUGCUACAGGUUUGACUGAGAGUAUGAAAGAAAAUUUCCACCUUAUGAAAGCUUUAGCUCAUCAUACUUGUAUUGCACCUGCAUCCCGUAUUGAAAAACUUAUGAGAUUUAAUCAUAGACUUCGUGGAGAACCAAAAGUCAUUCAAGAAUUGCAGGACUGGAAUAUGACAUUGGAACGAAAUCUUGUGGAGAUUCCUGGUCGGGUAUUGCCUAAUAUUCCACUUUCGGUUGCUAAUGGCACCAUUAAUAAAGGACAACAACAUGGUAAUUUUAAUCAAAGAGGAGAUUGGUCACGGGAUAUGCAGAGAGCAUAUUUAUUGCAUUCUAAGGAGUUAAGAAACUGGAUAGUAAUCACAAGUUCUCGAAGUGAAGGAAUGACAUGGGAGUUUGUAAAAAUGAUAAAAAACGUGUCGCGAAGUAUAUCAUUCAGAGUCGAGGACCCGCAUAUCGAAUCUUUAUACGAUGAUAAAGCAAGCGCAUAUACUGAGAAGCUUGAAACAAUUCUUAGUAAAUACGCUCCAGAUUUAAUAUUCUGCGUAGUGAGCAAUUCUCGGACUGAUCGUUACGCAGCUAUUAAGAAAAAAUGUUGUUUAGAUAGACCUGUACCAUCACAAGUUUUUCUACAAAAAAAUUUAAAUGGAAGAAAUACAAUGAGUAUUGCUACAAAAGUAGCAAUUCAAAUGAAUUGUAAAUUGGGUGGCGCUCCUUGGACGAUCGACAAUGAUUUAAAGGGAUUGAUGACUAUUGGUUUUGACGUGUGCCGUGAUUCAAGAACGACGAGCAAAGAUUUUUUGGCUAUGGUAGCAACUGUAGAUCAAAGACUGACGCGAUAUUUCAGCUCCAUUAGUUUAUAUAGUAGCAGUGAAGAUCUUGCAGAUCAACUCUGUGUAAAUUUAUCCAAAGCUGUGAUGGCGUAUCGCUCCUAUAAUAAAGCCUUACCUAUGCACCUUGUUAUCUAUCGUGAUGGUGUCAGUGAAGGUCAGGUUCGUCAGGUUUACGAAACUGAAGUGGAAAGGCUGAAAAAGAAGCUUGAGGAAAUGUAUUAUGGUCCUAAUUUUAAAAUGAUCUUUAUCAUCGUGACGAAAAAAAUUAACGUUCGACUUUUCAAAUAUAAAAAUAAUCCACCGAUUGGUACAGUUGUCGACGAUGUUAUAACGAAUCCGCUUAGAUACGACUUUUAUCUUGUAUCACAACAGGUUAGACAGGGUACAAUUUCACCAACGUCAUAUAACGUUAUCUACGAUAAUACGGGUUUAGAUGCUGACACGAUUCAAACUCUUACUUUUAAGUUAACUCAUAUAUACUAUAAUUGCUCAAGUACUGUUCGUGUACCAGCGCCAUGCCAUUACGCAAAGAAGUUAUCGUUCUUAGUGGGACGAUUUCUUCAUCGGCCCCCAAGUUCACAGCUGGAAAAUCGAUUGUUUUUCUUAUAACAAAAACAAUUAAACUUUUCAUGACUUAUUUUUUUUCAGGUAUGUACUUCUUAUAUAAUCUAACGUAGGAAGUUUUUCAGAAAAUAUGGAUACGUUAUUUGUUAAUAUUGUAAUUAUUUACUAAAUUGUACACUUCCAAAAAUGCACGAUUUAGUAAAUAAUAAACUUUAGCAUACCAAACAAAUUUUUAUUCAAUUUUCGAUAUAUUGUGUGCGAAAUAUUUUGUGAGAACAUCUUUAAAUAUGAUAUAUGUAUAUCUACAAUUUAAAUUAAGAAAAUGUUACUUGUGUUCAUUCAUGUCUAUAUUUUUAUAAUUUGUAUUUUCUUAGGAAAAUAUAAGUUUAUUGUAUUAUGAGCUACUCCAAAGAAGUAUUAACAGCACUAGAGAAAGAAAAAUUAAUCUAAAUAUAAUAUAGAAUAUAGUAAUGCGAUUUAAGUUGCAGUUUUUUUAAGUUUUUAUUUUAUGGUUUGAAAUAGAAUGGAAAUUUUCUUCAAA